ACACACUAACAUGGCAUACUUGUGCUAGCUAUAAUAAUAACUCUGUCGUUAUAUAAAUAUUUGUGUUUUUUUUUGUUUCAAUAUGUGAAAUUAUUUAUUCACUCAACAAAGGAACAAUUAUGCAUAAACAGAAAAUGUUUCGUGUAGAAUUGCAAUAAAGAUCUACAGGAACCAUGGAUUUGAUAGACACGCAAACAUUUGGCUUUAUUAUUGCUUUUCUCGUCGCUUUUGCCGGAUUGGUCAUAGCAUGUUCGAAACGUUUUCCAAACGAGAAUAAAAGACGAUCGACUCUAAAGACGAAAGAACCUGUCAUACUUGAGGAUCAUGACCAACCGUCGUUACGUAAGAGGCGGCAAACAACUAUACCAAGGGCAACCACACUGAUAAUGUCUUCAGUUGGUACACUACCACGUAGGCCACCUUCAUCUACGCCAGGAGCACCUAGACCUCCGACUGAGCCACCUUCAACCACGCCAAGCGCACCUUCAUCUCUUCCUUCGCAACACAAACCCAAAACAAAAGCUUCUUCACCCACUACACCCACACAUCCGAUUAGGGGACCUACACUGACGCCAAAGGCUCAAACACCUCCGGCUACGCCACCUACAUCAACGCCAAGAGCACAUACACCCACGCCAAGAGCACCUACACCCACACCAAGGGCUCCUUCACCCACGGCUGUGCCACCUAUAUUCACGUUUAGAGCACCUACACCCACACCAAGGCCUCCUACACCACGGCUAUGCCACCUAUAUUCACGUUUAGAGCACCUACACUCACACCAACGGCUCCUACACCAACGCCAAGGGCUCCUAAACCCACGGCUAUGUCACCUAUAUUCACGUUUAGAGCACCUACACCCACGCCAAGGGCUCCUACACCUAAGGCUAUGCCACCUACAUUUACGUUUAAAGCACCUACACCCACGCCAAGAGCACCUACACCCACGCCAAGAGCACCUACACCCACGCCAAGGGCUCCUACACCCACGGCUUUGCCACCUAUAUUCACGUUUAGAGCUCCUACACCCACACCAAGGGCUCCAACACCCACGGCUUUGCCACCUAUAUUCACGUUUAGAGCACCUACAACCACGCCAAGGGCUCCUAUACCCACGGCUAUGCCACCAAUAUUCACGUUUAGAGCACCUAAACCCACGUCAAGAGCACCUACACCCACGCCAAGGGCUUCUACAACCACGGCUUUGCCGCCUAUAUUCACGCCUAAAGCACCUACACCCACACCAAUGGCUCCUACACCUUUGGCUACGCCACUUACACCCACAUCAAAAGCGUCUACACCUCCGGCUAGGGCUCCUUCACCACCGCCUGUGACACCUAUACAACAACACGUGGACAUGGCGCAGCAACUUGCAAAGAAACAAGAUGGUGUGAUGACGCAUGAGAAACAUUUAAAGAACAACAAAUACCGGCAGUGGGUCAAAGCUGGCUUAGGCUUAGGUUAUCUAAAAGAGGGAUUAGCACAAUUUUGUGAUGACAUAGGAACACAGCAAUAUGAAGAUAUUAUGAAAUAUAUUCAACGAACAAAGAAUCUGAAGCCAAAUGUAUCAUGUGGCGUCUGUAAGAUAACAACUCUCAAGCCAGACCACGUCCGAGUCUCAAAAGGGAUAUGUCCUCUCGGGCAAGAUAAAUGUAACUGUUGCUUUCCAAAUAAUAAGAAACCCUGUCCAAACAACGUAUGUGGUGCCAUCUACGACAACAUUAUACGGAAUCAUGCAUCAAAUCCACCAGCACCUUUUUGGAAAAACAGUGAUGCAACUAUUUGGUCCACUGAAAAAUGGAGCAUUUGUAAAUGCUUUAUAAAUGCUCCUGGUUACAAUGACAAAGCAUCGGCAUUUGACACGGACUGUUCAGGGUUACUCCAUGUUAUAAUAAAUAACAAAUUUUUUCACAAUCAUAUUGGAUGCAAUGUUACAGCACCAAACAAUCUGUUUUUAGAGGUUCGACAAUACCGAAAUAAGAUUUUUCACUCAAGCAAUAUGGAGUUAGAGGAAACUGAGGCUAAUUCUUACAUUUGUGAUAUGAUAUCCGUUCUACAAGAUAGUAAGGAGCUUGUACAUCAUCCAGUUUCAAAACAAGCUGUCCGGAAACUUCAAGAUCUGAAAACGAAGGACUUCAUUAUUACUACUGAAGGUGUUGGAGAAAUUCUAAGGCAAAUAAAAGAAACUGCUGUAACGAAAGAUGAAUAUGAGGAGCUUAAAAACAGAAUAACUGACAUUGAAACACAGUUGUCCAAAGAAAAAGAGAUUCCACCAAAAAGAAAAUUUGCAUUUUAA